UUGCACAAGGAACCAAUAUCCAAUUUAACAGACAUUUUUUCUCAUAUUAAUGCCCGAGAAAGAGAAAAGACAAAGCCUGGGGGGAUUUGACGUCUCUGCCUCCCCCUUGGCUAUAUUCUAAGAUCGCGAUCGCAAGCCAUUAAUUGUGCCAAAAAGUGGAAUUAUCUGCGUUUAGAAUUGAGAGGGGUUUGAAUUUAUUUUCGUUAAACAAUGGGGGUUAUGUCGAGGCGGAUUGUGCCCGCCUGCGGGAACCUCUGCUUCUUCUGUCCUUCAAUGCGUGCAAGGUCAAGACAGCCCGUGAAACGCUACAAGAAGUUGCUCACUGAUAUCUUCCCUCGUAAUCAGGAUGCUGAACCAAAUGACAGGAAAAUUGGGAAACUUUGUGAAUAUGCUUUGAAGAACCCACUGCGAAUUCCCAAGAUCACUGAUAGCCUAGAGCAAAGAUGUUACAAGGAUUUGCGAAAUGAGCACUUUGGGUCUGUUAAAGUGGUGCUAUGCAUUUAUAGGAAGUUGCUAUCAUCAUGUAAGGAGCAAAUGCCACUAUUUGCCAGUAGUUUACUAGGAAUUGUUCGGAUUCUUUUGGAACAAAAUCGACAUGAUGAAAUGCGGAUUCUAGGUUGUAAUACUCUCGUUGACUUUAUAAAUAGCCAGAUUGAUAGUACACAUAUGUUCAGCCUAGAGGGCCUUAUUCCUAAACUUUGUCAAAUGGCUCAAGAAGUGGGAGAUAAUGAAAGAGCUCUACGUCUUCGUUCAGCCGGACUGCAAUCUCUGGCUUUUAUGGUGUGGUUCAUGGGUGAGCACUCUCAUAUUUCAAUGGACUUUGACACUAUCAUAUCAGUGACUUUGGAUAACUACGCGGAUAUCCAUACUAAACCUGGGAGUGCGACGGAAGACAGACAAUAUUCUGUGUCUCAGGACCAGUGGGUUCAAGGAGUGCUUAAAGCAGAAGUUCAUGAUUCAUCUUUUCCAGUUAUUAGUCAGAAGGUUCCUUCACUUCCAAACCUGAAAAACGCUGAUUUGGAUCCCACAAUCGAUGCCAACAAGAGUCCCUCUUACUGGUCUAGGGUUUGCUUGCGUAAUAUAGCCAGAUUGGCGAAGGAAGCUACAACAGUGCGUCGAGUGCUUGAACCGCUUUUUCAAAGUUUUGAUGCUGAGAACCAUUGGUCCCCAGAUCAACCACUUGCCUAUCAUGUUUUGAUGUAUCUGCAGUCACUUCUGGAGGAAUCAGGAGAUAAUUCCCAUUUGUUAUUACAUAUAUUGGUCAAGCAUUUGGAUCACAAGAAUGUUGUCAAACAACCUCGCCUACAAGCUGAUAUUGUUAAUGUCACCACACAAAUAGCACAAGGUGCUAAGCAGCAGGCAUCAGUUGCGAUUACUGGUGCAAUAUCCGACCUGAUAAAACAUUUACGAAAAUGCCUGCAAAAUCAAGCUGAGGUAUCGAGCCCUGGGAGUACAGAUAAAUGGAACCCAGAUCUUCUGUCGGCACUAGAAAGAUGUAUCUCACAGCUAUCAAAUAAGGUUGGAGAUGUGGGACCCAUACUUGAUAAGAUGGCUGUGGUGCUAGAGAAUAUUCCAACUAAUACAGUUGUAGCUAGGACGACAAUCUCUGCUGUUUAUCUAACUGCAAAGAUGAUAUCUUCUGUUCCUAAUGUAUCAUAUCACAAGAAGGCUUUUCCUGAUGCUCUAUUUCACCAAUUACUCCUAGCAAUGGGCCACCCAGACCAUGAAACACGAGUUGGAGCACACAGCAUUUUCUCUAUGGUGCUUAUGCCAUCUCUGGUUGCUCCUUGGUUAGAGCAGAAAAUGAACCCUUUGCAAGCUGUUUCAGCAUCUGUUUCUACAUUGCAGAAGGUAAAGGAUGGAAGUUUCUCUAUUCAGGAUGAAGGGAAAGACACAGGAGUACCGUUGAAUGGAGAACUGGAGAAAGAGGGAUGUGAAUUAUCAGAUGUCUAUGAGAAACAAUUUGGUCAAUCUUACAGCUUCAAGAGUGGUUUGACUUGUGGAAGAACAGAACUAACUUCCCUUCGGUUAAGUAGUCACCAAGUGAGUCUUCUGCUUUCAUCGAUUUGGGUUCAGGCAACAUCUGCAACGAAUACUCCUGAAAAUUUUGAGGCAAUGGCCCACACUUAUAAUGUUGCUUUACUGUUCACACGAUCAAAGGCCUCCAGUCACAUGGCUUUAGCAAGAUGUUUCCAGCUGGCAUUCUCCAUUAGGGCUAUUUCGUUGGAUCUAGAUGGAGGUUUGCAUCCAUCUCGUAGAAGGUCUCUCUUUACCUUGGCAUCAUACAUGCUUGUAUUUUCAGCCCGGGCUGGUGACCUCCCAGAGCUUAUUCCCAUUUUUAAAGCAUCUUUGGAAGAUAAAAUGGUUGAUCCCUGUCUUCAGUUGGUCGACGAUACCUGGCUGCAGGCAGUUUCUAUUGAGUCUUAUAAGGAGAAGAUAUCAUAUGGAUCGUUGCAGGAGGAUGAAGUUGCUACAUUUAAUUCUCUUUCAGCAGUUGAAUUAGAUGACCAACUAUUAAAAGAAACCGUGAUAUCCCACUUCAUGACUAAAUUUGCAAAAUUGUCAGAGGAUGAAUUAUCUAGCAUCAAGAAGGAACUCUUACAGGGAUUUUCACCUGAUGAUGCAUUUCCAUUAGGAGCUCCACUAUUUAUGGAGACACCACGACCAUGUUCUCCUCUUGCCCAGAUAGACUUCCCUGAUUUUGAUGAGGUGAUGCCUCCAGGUUCCUUGACAGACGAUGAAGCCUUCCCUGAACCAAGUGGAAGCCAGUCAGACCGCAAAACAUCACUCUCCAUCAAUACACUUGACAUUCUAAGUGUUAAUCAGCUCCUGGAUUCAGUCCUCGAAACAGCCCGACAAGUUGCAAGCUUCCCAGUUUCCACAACACCCAUACCUUAUGACCAAAUGAAGAGCCAGUGUGAAGCCCUUGUAACGGGUAAACAGCAAAAGAUGGCAGUUCUUCAUAGUUUCAAGCAUCAAGUGGAUGCCAAGGCGAUAGUCCUCUCCAGUGAAUUUGAUAACACAUGUCCCACUUUACCAACCACGGCAAUGGAACUUUCAGAAGGUGAUCUAAAGUUGAAAAACAAGGAGCAAGUUCGAGUACAGAAUCAACUUAUCCUCUGCUCACGUGAGAUUGGGCAGCAUUCUUUCAAAUUACCACCUUCAAGCCCUUAUGACAAAUUCUUGAAAGCUGCUGGAUGCUAAAUGGCACUAGAUGUAUCUUAUGUUUGUAUGUAACUUUAGUUCAUUUUCCUUUAAUUCUCUUUCUAUUCCUCGUAAAAAGUUGGCUAUUUUUUCAUUCUUUAGCAUUAUUUAAAUCAAUUUUAAGUUUGUUUAGCUCUCUACAUUUCACGCUCAAAUGUAAGAAAUGAGCCACGGGAGGUGUUGGUGGAAAAGGCGUCGUCUUUCCACACGAGAGUAUUAUGUUGAGUAUUUUAGACUGUAUUUGUUAAUAAUAUAUAUGUAGAUCUUCGUCCAGUUUGAUAUAUAUAGAACUGGAAAUUCUUUCUUGUAAAUUGUUUGUCUAACAUUGUUCAAAAAUUUAUCCACGAGAAAAUCUAGAGCUUUGUA